AGCAAUUCAACAGGGAAUUAUCUUCUUGCCCCAAAAUGUCUAGCUGGACCAGGGCCCCAAUAUGUGGCCUAUUAUAUCCAUAUCAGCUUGCUUACCCUUUUCAAACAGCUAUUUUUUACCAGCGUGCGGCAGGGGACACACGUCUUGUUCCGGGAGUUCAGCUUCGUCCAAGCCACCCCUCACAACAGGGCCUCCUUUCUCAGGACCUUCUGGAGGUGCUUCAGAACAGUGGGGAAAAAUGGAGAUUUGCUGACAGCACAGGAAUACCACUGCCUGCUGCAGCUGCUCUGCCCUGACUUCCCCAUGGAACUCACUCAGAAAGCUGCAAGGAUUGUGCUAAUGGAUGAUGCUAUGGAUUGCCUGAUGUCCUUUUCUGAUUUCCUCUUUGCCUUCCAGAUCCAGUUCUACUACUCAGAGUUCCUGGAAAGCGUGGCUGCCAUUUAUCAAGACCUACUGGCUGGUAAGAAUCCAAACACUGUGAUUGUGCCAACGUCAUCCUCUGGGCAGCACCGGCAGCGCCAGCCCCCGCACGACUGCAGCACGCUGGAUGGGGUGGAGGCUUCUCUCUUCUACCAGUGCCUAGAGUCCUUGUGUGACAGAUCAAAGUACAGCUGUCCACCUUCCGCUCUUGUGAAGGAAAUGGUGAGUAGUGCACAGAGACUCACCUUCUAUGACUUCCUCAUGGCACUUGCAAAGGAUCAAGGGAUCAACAGAGCCCUAGGGGCUUUGCCAGAUAAAGGAGACCUAUUUCUGGACCCUGCCAUGGAUCAGGAAAUUGAGAAAUUGGUCGCUCAGGUUGCAGGGCUCUCUGUCUCUGGUCCCACCAGCUCCAGUGGGGACACAGCUCAGCUGCCUGUGAGAACCUCACCCAGGAUUAACUCUGCCUGGAGGCCUCUACACCACCGGCGAAAAAUGGAUGCUGAGAGCGAAGGCUCCAACGAAGAGACAGACUCCUCUGAAAACUGA